GUGUGUGUGUGUGUGAGAGAUAAUGAGGUUGACAGUAUCACUCACUACGUCGACGUAGUGGCGAGAAUGGGAAGUGGUAUCUCCCUGCCUCUUCCUGCCACGCUCGAGAACGCCGCUCGCAACCUACGGACGCGCACACGCAUCUCUUGACGCCACGCGGCGGUGUGACUGCCAGUGGAAAAGAAAAAGUCAUUAGUCAUACGAGUUUCUGCAGGGUUCCAACUCUCGACGGGUGGUUUUCCUGCGUCCCCUGGGAUGCGUAUAAAAAAAGGCCCGGCGACAUGUCGACUGUCACUUCCAGCAAAACUUUGCUGCGCUUCUUUCGCCAGCACCACCGGUGUGACACUGGAGAGGAGAAAACUGCUUGAAGUCCUGAAGCAACUUGGCGAUGUCAAAGACUCGCUAGAGCGCAGAGAGCUGCUGGUGAACACGCCGCCGCAGAAUAUUGAGGACUGUUGCUGUCUCUCAGCAUUACGAUGCUUCCGGGCAAGCUUGCAUGUGCAGUUCAACGUGACAGAAAGAAAGCAAGACAAACUUUACCGAAGCCUCAAGCACCCCAUCACUGAGAGGUCUUUGGACUUUUGCAAAACAGGAAAUGCUGUGUCCACCUGCGAAACGUGUGAUUCACAACCGAAGGCUACCGCUUCGGAAUUCGUCAAAAGACUGGAGUCCCUCAUUCAAAGGGCUAUCAGCAGACUGAGUGACAACUGAGCAGUCCAGAUAAACGAAAUGAAGACACUAUGCUAAGAAGACGCCCAUAAAACAAGCGUGGCCUAUUUAUUUCCCUUAUUUAUUUCCGAUUCUGAAAAGACAAGUUCCUAAGACGCUGCUUCAACGCCCUCUGGUGGGCUUGACAUUCGGUUUGCUUCAUUGUCAAAAGUUUCAUUCAUUUAAAUGUGAGAUUCAACAAUAAUGUCUGAUGUGAUUUGUACUAUGUAUGAAGGCAUCAAAACGAAGGUUGUUUUUACUGACAUUUAUAUCAAUAUUUAUAGAAAAUAAAAACUAACUUAUGAUU